AGGAAGUGGAGACGAGAGAAUACAUCACUGUAUCGUGCACACCAAAGGCUUGGUCCAGUGGUUAGAAUUGGUCCAAAUGAAGUCAGCGUCGACGGUUUAGAAGGCAUGCGAACCAUAUACCAAGGGGGGUUUGAGAAAGGUCACUGGUACAGCGUCUUUGAUAAUUAUGGUUCCGAAUAUGUUUGCCACUGGCCAUUCAAAGCCACAUUCGUUAAGAAAGAGGAUGAUUUCCAACGUCUACUCCAAAUCGUACAUACAAUCGUCUCAAGCGAGCAAAUCGCAAAUGGCCGAGAUACUCUUCAGCCGCCUUUUGCCCGCACUUGAAGGCUCUCUUGCAGCUCCCAGCAAGUCGAUAUCUACAGAUUACAAUGAUGUUGAAGUAUUCAGCCUUUUUCUAGCAACGGCCAUGGAUCUCAUCACUGCCUACAUAUUUGGUCUCCCUAACGCUACAAACUUUAUCGCCGACGAGCCGUAUCGCCGUAGCUGGCAGGAUAUGUAUCUUGCGCGAGCUAAUUAUCCUUUCUGGACGCAGGAAGUUCCAAGAUUGACAAACUUUUGCAAAAUAUGGAUUCCUUGGCUUAAGCUUUAUCCAGAGUGGGUUGACAAGUCCAACAAGGAACUCUCGGAUUGGAACUGGAAACUUUGCGAGAAAGUCAAGGAGACGUCCAAGGAAAAGAUACAUCCCAGUAAGAGUCAAGACAUUCGAGGUUCGGACGAGCCAGUAGUCUACAACUCACUGCUUGCUGGGAUAGAUCGCGACUUCAAGACCAAUGGAGAAGAGAGCAUUCUUUACAGCACAAGUAUUCUUCAACGCGAUCGGGCCAUUGCGUCUGAACUUAUGGAUAAUUCUCUGGCUGGACAGGAGACUGCUGGAAUUGCCUUAACUUAUGCAACAUGGCAUAUUUCAAAGUCUCCAAGCCUUCAACGACGACUUCGUGCUGAGGUCCAGUCCCUCGAACCAUCUUUGAAAAUUGACCCGAAAGCUGCAUCUGGUAUCAUGAGUACGUCGGCUUUGCCAGACCCUAAGGAAGUUGAUUCUCAACCACUCUUACACGCUAUUGUAACGGAGACACUGCGUCUUCAUGCACCCAUUCCUGGACCGCAACCACGCCAGACACCUAGUAAUGGAUGUAGUAUAGGGGGAUACUAUAUCCCUGGCGAUGUGAGAAUUGCAUCACUGGCGUAUACACUCCACCGGGACAAGGAAACAUUCAUAGAACCUGAGGAGUGGAAACCAGAGCGUUGGAUGCAAGAGAAACCUGGAAAAUCGUCAGAGGAUAAGGCGAAGCAUCGCGAGAUGCAGAGACUUUUCUGGGCGUUUGGAAGUGGUGGACGGAUGUGUGUCGGCUCCAACUUUGCCAUGAAUGAGAUGAAGUUUAUUUUGGCAUUCAUCUAUGCUAACUUUGAGACGUCAAUUGUUGAUGAUGAUGGCAUUGAGCAGGAAGAUGCUUAUACGGCGAGACCAAUUGGCGAGAAGCUGGUCAUCAGAUUUACUCCUUUGAAGACGUGAGACGGAAGACGAAUUUGGACAAUCAUUUAUUUCGUUAUAUAUAAACUUUUACCAAUCUAUACCUUUUACCUUUUCUUUUCAAUACCUCAUCCCACGCUAAGCUCG